UUCAGAUUUCCUUCUAGUAUUGCUAGAAUCAUCUCAGACCUCAGUUUUGAGUUACACCACCGUAUCGUGCUGUGUUCUUUUCUUGGUGCUCAGCCGUGUCUAAGUCGUAUACCUUGGAAAAGUGUCCGCUAUUCCGAGGAAGAUUAUCAAUUGACUGAACCCAAAGUCAGUAGAAAACCACCACUCAGAGUUCAACCUAAUCGACUUGUAACUCUGUUUGACGAAACUGAAUUCGAAAUUUCAUUCGAAUCAACAAUCCAAAACCACCUACGCUUCAAUUGUCGUUCCACUUACUGUUUAUAGUUCCAGUCUCGAAAUUUUUUUCAGACUUUCCUAAUUUUGCAUAAUUCCGUAAAUUUCAAUUUUCCAAUGUCGUCCAUAGAAAAGAAAGAACAGAGGGCCAAUCUCAACGAAAGUGCCCAUUCUGAUACCCUCCAAGAAUCUAAUUCUUCUCAGAUUGAUGAUGCCAGAGACCUUGAGGCUGCAGCCAAGGGUCUGAACCAUGACUAUGACUCAUCGUCUGAUGCACCAACUGGCCCAGAAGCCUUUGUUGGUGGUGAUUUGGAGUCUGCUAACUUGGAAGAAGAUGCUAUCCCUUUUGGUGGCGAUGAACUUUCUCGUUACGAAUCAAACACCCAGGCUUCUAGAACUUUGAGUAGAAGAUUGACCAAUGCCGACGCCUUGAUUGAAGAAGCCAACAAUACCGACGAGCCUUUGCCUAAAAUGGGUAACGACCGUCCCUACCCUCCAGCAUUGCCAGACAGAGCUCCGUAUAUAGUUGCUUUUGAUGGUGCUAACGAUCCUAUUCAUCCUCAUAACUUCUCCUUAGUCAGAAAAAUCGCUUAUUGUUGUGCUGUGGGUAUGGCUGCUUUGUCUGUUUCGAUGGGUUCAGCUUUGUUCGCCGAAAGUUCUGAAGAUAUAGUUGUAUUAUUCCAUGUUGGCACCACUGUUGCUACAUUGGGUACUUCUUUGUUUGUGAUGGGCUUCGCUAGUGGUCCUAUCUUCUUUGGUCCCUUGUCUGAAUUGUACGGAAGAAAGAUUGUGUUGGUUAUCUCUUCAUUUGGUUACGUCUGCUUCUCCUUCGCUGUCGCUACAGCCAAGGAUAUCCAGACCAUUAUGAUCUGUCGGUUCUUUGCCGGUUUUAUUGGUGCAGCUCCAUUGGUUGUCUCCGCAGCAGUCAUGGCUGAUUUGUUCUCUGCUAAAACAAGAGGCAGUGCCAUUGCUGUAUUUGCCAUGGUAUUGUUUGGUGGUCCAAUGUUGGCUCCUAUAAUCGGUGGUUUCACUGUCAAGAACCCUAACUUGGGCUGGAGAUGGACAUCCUACUUCUGUGGGAUCAUUGGUGCUCUCUCUUUCUUGUUAAAUACUUUCGUUUUAGAAGAAACCCAUCAUUCCAUCAUCUUAGUGAAGAAGGCUGAAACUUUAAGAAGAAGAACAGGUAACUGGGGAAUUGUUGCUCCCCAUGAGGAAAUUCAGUUGUCCAUCAAGGAAAUCGCCGAAAAGAAUAUCACCAGACCGUUGGUCAUGUUGUUUACGGAGCCUAUCAUUCUUCUCAUCACCAUCUACAACGCCUUUAUUUAUGGUAUGCUUUACUUGUUCUUGACGGCAAUCCCCUUGAUUUUCAUUGGUAACUAUGGAUUCUCUCAAGGUGUGGGUGAGUUGCCUUAUAUCUCCAUGUUGAUAGGUAUCUUUGUCGGAGGUAUCUUUAUCAUUUUCUUUGAAAAAAGAUACAACGCUGCCAUGGACAAAAACGGCGGAAAGCCUGUUCCAGAAGAAAGAUUGCCUCCUAUGAUGGUUGGAUCCUUCUUUUUCGCUGCUGGCUUGUUCUGGUUGGGCUGGGCUGGUAGCUACCCUGACAAGGUGCAUUGGAUCGUUCCUACCAUUGGUGCUUCCUUCAUUGGUUGUGGGUUGAUUAUGAUCUUUUUGCCAUGUCUUAACUACAUCAUUGACUGUUACUUGUUCUUUGCUGCCUCUGCCUUAGCUGGUAACACCUUCUUGAGAUCAGCCUUUGGUGCUGUUUUCCCAUUGUUUGCCAGACAAAUGUUUGUCAACAUGAAGAUCCAGUGGGCUUCCACCUUGUUGGGAUGUGUGGCUAUAGCCAUGAUUCCAGUGCCUUUCUUGUUUUACAAGUAUGGUAAGAAAAUCAGAGAGAAGUCUAAGUUUGCCUUUGUAUUGUGAGCUUUCUAUCUCCAUUCUUCACUGCAUGAACAGCGACCUGUGAACCUGUUCGAAACUCAUACACAUGUUAAUAAAUCCAUUCCUAAUACACCUACUAAUAGUCGUAAUAGACGUAUAUAUAUUAAAGAUUAGUAGAAGAGUAUAGAUAUACAUAUGAACAAUCCAGUACAUGUAAUUUUGCCA